AUGGCUCAAGAAAAUGUGAAGUUUCUUCUAGGGGUUUGGUUGCUUUUACUAUACUUUUUCUCAAUUGUUUUUGGUGACAAUAAUACUCAAGAUGGUAACUAUGGUGAUGGUUCAAUAUCACCACCAACACAAAGUGCUUGUACAAAUUGUACAAUUUGUCCAUAUACUUGUCAAUCUCCGCCACCACCAACACCACCUUCUGGUGGUGGAUACCAAAGCUAUGGCGUUCCACCACCUACCGGUUAUGUAAAUUGUCCACCAGCUCAGCCUGUUACUACGCCAUGCUGCCCACAGUAUAAUAACUAUGGACCUCCACCACCACCUUAUAACUACUAUUCUGGUUCUUCAACUCUUUCGCCUUUUAUCAAACUCUUUGCUUUUGAAUGGUCUUAUGCUAUACUAGUUCUUUUUCUCCAUUAUGUUGUUUGUGUUUGA